GACUGGCCCAAUGAUGGCAGAUAUCCUACGGAGUGCGAAGCCUCUGAGAAAAGCCAAGUAUGUUUGCAUGGAGGGAGCAGAUAAGCUGCCAAACGGGUAUUACGGCACCUCAAUCAAACUCAAUUGGGCCAUGGAUCCCAAUAGGGGAAUCAUGCUGGCCCACAAAAUGAACGGCGAGGAUCUCCGUCCUGAUCACGGCCGUCCCCUAAGAGCCGUCGUACCCGGCCAGAUCGGUGGCCGAAGUGUUAAAUGGCUGAAGAAGCUCAUUCUGACUGAUGCGCCCAGUGAUAACUGGUACCACAUCUAUGACAACCGAGUAUUACCGACAAUGGUUUCGCCCGAAAUGUCAUCCAGUGACCCAAACUGGUGGCGCGAUGACCGAUAUGCGAUUUAUGAUUUGAACGUGAACUCUUCUGUAGUAUACCCCGAGCACAAGGAGGUGCUGGAUCUUGCGUCGGCAGGCCCGUCGUACAACGUGAAAGGAUAUGCCUAUGCAGGAGGCGGUCGGAGGAUUACAAGAGUUGAAAUAUCUUUAGACAAAGGCAAAUCCUGGCGAUUGGCCAACAUUUCAUAUGCCGAAGACAAGUAUCGUGACUUCGAAGGGGACCUGUUCGGUGGCAGAGUAGACAUGUCCUGGCGCGAGACUUGUUUCUGCUGGAGCUUCUGGUCGCUGGAUAUCGCCAUUCCCGAGCUAGAAAAUACAGAUGCCAUUCUUGUGCGGGCCAUGGAUGAGGCCUUGUCUCUCCAACCGCGCGAUAUGUACUGGUCUGUUCUGGGCAUGAUGAACAAUCCCUGGUUCCGGGUCACCAUCACAAAGGAGAAUGGGACUCUCAGGUUCGACCACCCAACAGAUCCUACCGGGCCUGGUGGAUGGAUGGAACGCGUCAAGAAGGCCGGUGGUGAUCUGGUCAACGGUAACUGGGGCGAAAGACACGCAGGAGAGGAACCGGCAGAGCCAGAGCCUGAGAAGGAGAUCAACAUGAAGAAAGACGGCGUAAACCGGAUGAUCGACCUUGAAGAAUUCAAGAAGAACUCAAGCGAUGAGAAGCCCUGGUUCAUCGUGAACGGGGAAGUGUACGAUGGCACGGCAUUCCUUGAGGGUCAUCCAGGAGGGGCUCAGAGUAUUAUCUCAUCUGCUGGCAUCGACGUUUCGGAGGAAUUUUUGGCCAUCCAUAGCGAAACGGCCAAAGCCAUGAUGCCUGAUUACCAUAUCGGAACCAUGGAUAAGGCGUCGUUGGAAGCGCUCAAGAACGAUAGCACACCAGAAUCGGAUGAACCUCGCGCAACAUUCCUCCAGUCGAAAUCAUGGUCAAAGAUGACCCUUGUCAAGAGGAAGGACGUGUCAUGGGACACCCGCAUUUUCACUUUCCAGCUUCAACAUGACAAACAGACCCUGGGCCUGCCCAUUGGCCAGCAUCUCAUGAUCAAGGUCGCCGACCCCAUCAGCAAAGAAGCCAUUAUCCGCUCAUACACCCCUAUCUCCGAUACCAACCAGGAAGGCACCAUGGACCUGCUGGUCAAGAUUUACUUCGACACUCCCACAGUCAAAGGUGGCAAGAUGACCAUGGCUUUAGAGAAGCUCGCGUUGGGAUCAGAAAUCGACUGCAAGGGUCCCACUGGCAGGUUCGAGUACCUUGGAAACGGCAAGAUCAUGGUGAGCGGUAAAGAGCGCCAUGUUAGUUCUUUCAAGAUGAUCUGUGGGGGAACUGGUAUCACGCCUAUCUUCCAAGUGCUACGUGCAGUGAUACAGGACAAGCAGGACCCUACUUCGUGCGUGGUCCUGGAUGGCAAUAGACAGGAAGAGGACAUCCUCUGUCGUGACGAACUGGACGCCUAUGAAGCGUUGGAUAGCAAGAAGUGCAAGGUGGUACACACAUUAACCAAGGCUCCGGACAGUUGGACUGGACGUCGUGGACGUAUAUCGGAAGACCUGCUGAAGGAGCAUGCCAUUCCCGAUGGCAAGAGCAUGGUGCUUAUCUGUGGUCCAGAGGCCAUGGAAAAGUCCGCCCGCAAGAUCCUACUGGAGCAAGGAUGGGCGGAGUCGGACCUUCAUUUCUUCUAAGGGGAGCACCUCCUCGUUUCUGGAAGUAGCCUUCGUCACUAGUAUUAGGAGGCCACGCUGUUAGAUUGUAUAUAAUGACGC